AUGUAUCGCCGUCCGAAGAUUGUUGCUACAUCUAGAAUAAGUCUAAAGCCACCACCAAAUAUCGAUCCCACCAAAGCAUCAUUGGCUUAUGGACGACUGGCAGUACCUCGCUUAGAGCGCGAACUAGGGUCUGGUGAUCUGCUCACGCGUCAGAGGGGUAUUAGAGCCUUGUGUGACUACUUACAUGAUCCAGAGCACAUUGCUGAGGCAGUACAUGGUGGUGUUAUCUCUCUUCUUAAACGCCUGCUAAGAGAUCCGGAUGUGCCUUGUCGAGCCAUGGCCGCAGAAUGUUUCAUAGUCCUCAACCAACACCCGAUUGGACGCAAAGCUUUUAUUGAAGCCAAAGUUUACGACGUAAUGAAACUUCUUUUCUCCUUGUAUGAACCUGAUAUUGUCCGUCUCAAUGCGCAUCGCUCGAUAGAAUUAGUCGUUUUAAAUCCUAUAUAUACCCAAAUGCUUGUAAAGGACGAUAUUGUUCCCUUGUUGAUCGCAUACCUUGAAAAUGAAUUUGUGGAAAUUAAGGUCUUAAUUCUUGAUACACUUAACAAGUGCCUUGCCAUUGACACUGAUGCCGGUUUGGACGCCAAUGGAAUCUGCAUUUUUAGCAAACUUCUUGUCCAUCACGAUUCGACUAUUCGUUACAAGAGUGUUCAGGCCAUAUUCAGGCUAGUAGCAAAUGACCGUGGAAAAAUUCAGGCAAUUGAGAAAGAAACGGUUCCUAGAUUGAUUCACCUGCUUCUCGAUAUGGAUCCCGAAGUUCGAGCCUCAGCUGCAGGAGCUCUUGCAUUUAUAUGUGUUAUCACGCGAGGUCGAUAUGAAUGCCUCAGCGGCGAUGCGAUUCCCAAUCUUCUGCGUUGUCUUUUGAAUCAAAGCACCCGAGUCCGUGUUAACGCACUAAAGGCUUUGGCUAGCAUCGGAGAGGCACCCGAAGGGCGACGCAUUUUGCAAAAGUCGCUCGAACAGAUCGAAUGUUUGAUGGGUGAUGAGAGUGCUGCAGUUAGAAAGCACGCCAAAAUAGCCGCGGAUGUGAUCAAAUGGAAGCCCUGGAACCUGGAGAACCGCUGUCGCGAUAAGUCUGAGACACUGAAGCUCUGUACAUGCAAAUACUAA